CGCCUGGGUGUGAAAGGGAAUAACAGAUGGGAACUCCCUCUUUUUUUAAGCCAGCCUUAAAGUCCGGGGCUUAAAAUACUGGUUUAAUGGUGAAGAUAGAAGCUGGUCGUGGUCUCAGAGAUUCAGGGAAGAGGGACGCCCCACCACUAAGCAAGGCAUUGUUGACAGAGGAGCUAGAUGGACCAGAAGCCGACCACCAGGAAAGGGCCAGAUUUCUGUUCACUGCGCUACGGGCUGGCUCUCAUCAUGCAUUUCUCAAACUUCACCAUGAUAACCCAGCGCGUCAGUCUGAGCAUUGCCAUCAUCGCCAUGGUGAACGGCACCCAGCAGCAUGGUCCAUCCAAUGCCUCCACCCAGGGGCCUCUGGCAGACAGCCUCCACAACCCAGGCAGAUCCGCCAGGGAAUUUGGUACUAGGGCCUCUGUGUAUCAGUGGAGCCCAGAGACCCAGGGCGUCAUCUUUAGCUCCAUCAGCUACGGGAUCAUCCUGACUCUGAUCCCAAGUGGAUAUCUGGCGGGGAUCUUUGGAGCAAAGCAGAUGCUGGGUGCCGGUUUGCUCAUCUCUUCCCUUCUCACCCUCUCCACCCCGCUGGCUGCUGACGUCGGAGUGAUCCUGGUCAUCGUGGUCCGGACAGUCCAGGGCAUGGCCCAGGGCAUGGCGUGGACAGGCCAGUUCACCAUCUGGGCCAAGUGGGCCCCUCCACUGGAACGAAGCAAGCUCACCAGCAUCGCGGGCUCCGGGGCAGCGUUUGGAUCCUUCUUCAUCCUCUGUGUCGGGGGACUGAUCUCCCAGGCCCUGGGCUGGCCUUUCAUCUUCUACAUCUUUGGUAGCAUUGGCUGUGUCUGCUGUCUCCUGUGGUUCACGGUCAUUUAUGAUGACCCCACGCAUCACCCGUGCAUAAGUGCCAGGGAAAAGGAGCACAUCGUGUCCUCUCUGGCCCACCAGCCCAGUUCUCCUAGACGAUCUGUCCCCAUAAAGGCUAUGGUCAGAUGCCUGCCGCUUUGGGCCAUUUUCACGGGGUUUUUCAGCCACUUCUGGCUGUGCACCAUCAUCCUAACGUACCUGCCAACCUACAUCAGCACUGUGCUCCACGUGAACAUCAGAGAGAGUGGGGUUCUGUCCUCCCUGCCCUUUAUUGCAGCCUCAAGCUGUACAAUUUUAGGAGGUCAGCUGGCAGAUUUCCUUCUGUCCAGGAAACUCCUCAGCCUCAUUGCCGUGCGGAAACUCUUCUCGUCCCUGGGGCUCCUCCUUCCAUCACUGUGUGCGGUGGCCCUGCCCUUCGUGGCCUCCAGUUACACCAUGACCAUCGCUUUGCUGAUUCUCAUUCCUGGGACCAGCAACCUGUGUGACUCGGGCUUCAUCAUCAACACCCUGGAUAUUGCCCCCAGGUACGCAAGCUUCCUCAUGGGGAUCUCAAGGGGAUUCGGCCUUAUUGCAGGAAUCGUCUCCUCCACGGCCACCGGAUUCCUUAUCAGUCAGGAUUCUGAGUCUGGAUGGAAGAAUGUAUUUUUCUUGUCCGCUGCGGUCAACAUGUUUGGUCUGAUCUUUUACCUCACAUUUGGACGAGCAGAAAUCCAGGAGUGGGCCAAAGAAAGGACUCUCACUCGCCUCUGAGGAAGUGGAGCUGCACACUUAACUGUAGUACUGACUCUUGGCUUUUUGACAUUUUUUACUUAUCACCAUUCUCUCUUUACAUUCCUGACCAUAGACAUAGAGGAUCUCCACUCUGGCUGAGUGUUCUGCCCUCUUAGGGAGCCUUCAACCAUAUUCUGGUGCCUGGGUCUUCCUCCAGAGAUUCCAAAUGAAUCAGCCUAGGGUGGAGCCCAGAUACCACUCAUUGUUAGACUCCCAGGAAUUUCAACAUGCAGCAUCUGUGUUGACAAUUGCUGAACAAGGCUGAGAAGUCAAUUCCUGUUGCUUUCAAAUUUUCCUCUUUGGGAAGUACUAGAUAAAUAAAAUCUAUGUGAAAAUAA